AUGAAGAACACCGAAUCUGAAAACACAACUCCAACUACAAGUAAUGAUGCAUCCAAGAAGAAGACUCUAGAGGAUGAUGAUGAGUUUGAAGAUUUCCCAGCUGAUGUAUGGCAAAACUAUGAAAAAGUACAGAACAAAACAAAUAUACAAAACGAUUUAUGGGAAGACGAUUGGGAUGAUGUUGAAGUAGAUGAUGAUUUCACGAAAGAAUUAAGAGCAGAAUUAGAGAAACAGAAACAAAGUCAAAACCAAAACCAAAACCAAAACCAAUAA